UCAAACUUUCAUCAACAUUAUUAUUCUAUCGUGGGGAAUUUCGACAUAGAAUCCCCAUCAUAUCAAAUUCUUCUCAAUUAUCAACCCCCCUCAAAAAAAUAAACCAAAAUAUUAUUGGUUUCUCUGAGAGCGAAAGGCAAGUGUUGUCGUAGCGUUUUCGAAUUCCUUGCAAAAUCCAACUAUUUUCACCAAACCCCAGAAUCCCACAUUCAACAUCCUUUCUUUCUUUAUUCAAUACUGCUGCUAAUUUUCUUGCUACACUCUGUAAAAAGUAAAUAAAAAAAUGAUCAUUCAUAUCUAAAGAAAUUGAUAAUCUUGAGGAAAACAGAUAUGGGAUUUGUGGGUACUUUUGUAGGAAUUCUGGGUUUUGGCAUUGGUCUACCAAUUGGGCUUGUUGUGGGAUUUUUCCUGUUUAUAUAUUCCAAGCCUAAAGAAGUCGAGGAACCAGUUAUCACCCCACUUCAGGAUUUCGAUACAAAUACCCUGUUAAGUGUUCUACCCGAUAUUCCAAACUGGGUAAAAAGUCCUGAUUAUGAGCGAGUAGAUUGGCUGAACAAGUUCUUGUUGGACAUGUGGCCUUAUCUUGAUAAGGCAAUCUGCAAUACAAUCCGAAGUACGGCAACGCCUAUAUUUGCAGAUUACAUAGGAAAGUAUCAGAUAAAAGACAUUUAUUUUGAGAAUAUAAGUCUUGGAACCCUUCCACCCACUUUAUAUGGUAUGAAAGUAUAUGAGACGAAUGAAAAACAACUAGUCUUGGAGCCAGCUAUUAGAUGGGCAGGAAAUCCCAACAUAGUGUUGGCUGUAAAGUUGAUGUCUGUAAAAAUCAGGUUUCAGCUUUUGGAUGCACAAGUAUUCGCUAAUCCAAGGAUACACUUCAAACCCCUUGUUCCAACAUUCCCAUGUUUCGCUAGCAUAGUGGUCUCACUAAUGGGACAGCCGCAUGUGGAUUUUGGACUAAAAGUUCUUGGAGGAGAUAUCAUGUCUAUACCUGGUCUUUAUCGCUUAGUUCAGGAAACUAUCAAGAAACAAGUUGCAAGCCUCUACCAUUGGCCCCAGUCACUUGUAAUUCCCGUUCUUGAUACUUCUACAGCUGCUUUACAGAAGCCUGUUGGCAUAUUACAUGUGAAAGUUAUCCGGGCAAUGAAGCUUUUGAAGAUGGAUAUUUUAGGAACGUCCGAUCCUUAUGUUAAAUUAAGGCUGAGUGGUCUAAAAAGGCCAGCAAAAAAAACAUCUGUGAAGAUGAAAAACUUGAAUCCAGAGUGGAAUGAGGAUUUUAAGCUAAUCGUCAAAGAUCCUGAAACCCAAGUUCUUCAGCUACAAGUUUAUGACUGGGACAAGUUUGGAGGACAUGAUAAACUGGGGAUGCAAGCAGUACCUUUAAGUCAAUUAACUCCCCAUGAGACGAAGCUUUUUACCCUUGAUUUACUAAAGAGUUUUGAUAUAGACGAUUCUCCUGAUAAGAAGCCAAGGGGGCAGCUUGUAGUUGAGCUAACUUUCGAUCCUUUCAAGUUAGAGAGUGACAGCUUUGGAACACCAAGGGAUGAACUGACUAGGAAACAAAGCAUCAUGGAUAGAGAAUCAGAUCAUGCCUCUGUCAGUAAUCAAGAUGGUGUACUUUUGGUUUCUGUCAUAUCGGCUAAAGAUGUUGAGGGAGAGCAUCACACCAACCCUUAUGUUCAGAUCAUGUUCGCUGGUGAAAAGAAGAAAACAAAGACUAUCAAGAAGAGUCGGAAUCCACGGUGGGAUGAACACUUUAGUUUUAUAAUUGACGAGGCACCUUUGCAUGGAAAGUUGUGCGUUGAAAUUUUCAGCAAGCGUAGAACUUUUGGUUUUACAAGAAAAGAAUCACUCGGGUUGGUGGAGAUCGCUCUUGCUGAUGUUGUGAACAAUGGACGGCUCAACGAGAAAUACAAUCUAAUCAAUUCAAGGAAUGGAAUUAUACACAUUGCAUUGGAGUGGCAGACCGUCUAAAUAUCACAAAUUUUGUUGUAAGCCCAAGUUUUUCUUUUUUUUUUUGAAAAAUACCCCUCUUAUAGAAAGCACCAAAAUACCUCUAAAUAUGUUAGAAAUAUCCAAAAACCUUAUUUGCCCAAUUUUAUGAUAGAUUUAUCAUCCCUGUGGCUUGUAAUUGUUAUUAGAGCAGGGCGAUACAGAUUUCAUGUCCACUGGCACUGACUCACUGAGUAUAUCGUCAUUUGGUUGUGCAAAUUAUUUGUUGUGCAUACGCCAUUUGAAUCACAUGUACUGCGCAAUAAGAAAAAGUACGAAGUACUUGGUAUGUAUAUCAUUUCGAAGAAUAUGAUUUUACAAGUUGGUGGUUUCAGUGUAUGAAAUUUUACAACUCACAUUUCCUUGCUA